AUGAUGCGGUUGCAGUGGACCAGUGAACUCGAUAUCGAUGCCUUAGAAGCCAAGGGACACUGGGCCACUCUUGCAGAACUGUUGGAAGUCCUGGGGGGCUACCUGCCGCGCUACGAGAGCGUGAUGAAAUCAUGUAAGGAGAAACCGGGUGUUGUUUUGCCCAUAGAUUUAUUUUUUGCUACCAUAUUUUUGGCCGUCUAUUUAUUUAUCAAGGUCAAGGGCUCGCGCCCCAUGACAUAUCAGUAUUUAAAGGUGGAAAUGGUGAACAAAGCCAAGACUAACGGUGGUUUUAUAAACCAGAAAAUGUUCAAAACGGCUGGCAAAUAUGGCUUCGAUUCUCUUUACCUUACUGAGACGACCAUGUAAGUUUUGGAUGGCUACACCAACCACAUUCGCCCCCUACUCAGACCGACCUGCGACUUUGUAUUGGUGACAAGAAAUGGGGGGUGGCAAAACAAGCUGGGAGAGCUAAUGAGUACUCUGGUCUUCGAUGCAACGGGCAAAUACGUUCACCCGACUCGUUAUCGACAGAUUGUGGAGACCGCGCGCAGAGCACAAUCUCCGAGGACCAGAAACAUAGCUCUGUUGUUGCAAGGGUUUACUAUCAGAAGCAGCGAUCGCGCGAGGUGGCGAGCAAAGCACAUGAAUAUUUGGAACGAUUGCAUGGGGUAAAGGGAUCAGAGCUCGAAAUCACUGAGACGUGCCCUCCAGGCUUAGUUCAGGCAAUUUUGUGUCUUCUGAAGAUCAAAGUGGUAUCAAAACUGACACUUUCUCAAAUGAUGAGGGAGAAGCGAUCGCAGAAACACCACUCGAGCGUCUCUCAGGUGUCCCGAGACAAAAGCGGGAGAAUGCAUUUAUAA